AAUUAUCACAAACAAACGAAAGUGCUACGGUGUCACGAAAUUUUUUUCUUUAAAAACUAAACAAGGCCCAGCAUGGCAUGGUUGCCACUUUCCCAAUCCCAGGCACCCCGAGCACCAAGCCAACCAACACAAUCCGCACCGCGCGCGUCUGUGCCAUACGCCACUCAUUCGUGUCACUGUCCUGUGUCCACAACAGCACACCAGUGCUCUCUUCCCCUGCUUCUGCUUCCGCGUGCGCGCAAGGCCCCUGCUUCUUGCAACAAUGGGGGAGGAGACGCACCAGAGCGUGCAGGAGCUGGCGGCGUCGCUGGGCGCGCUACCGCCGGAGUUCGUGCGGUCUGAGCACGACCAGCCGGGCGUGACCACGUACCGCGGGGCCGACGCGCCGGUGAUCGACAUGUCGGAUCCCGGGUUUGGGGCGCGCAUGGCCGUAGCCGCCAGGGAAUGGGGGCUGUUCCAGGUGGUGAACCACGGCGUGCCCUCCGCGGCGGUGGCGGAGCUCCAGCGCGUCGGGCGGGCCUUCUUCGCGCUGCCGCGGGAGGAGAAGGAGCGCUACGCCAUGGACCCGGCGUCGGGCAAGAUCGAGGGCUACGGCACCAAGCUGCAGAGGGACCUCGAGGGCAAGAAGACGUGGAACGACUUCUUCUUCCACGUCGUCGCGCCGCCGGAGAAGGUGGACCACGCCGUCUGGCCCGAGACCGUCGCCGUCGCCGGGUACAGGGAGGCCAACGAGGAGUACUGCCGCCACAUGCAGCGCCUGACGCGCGAGCUGUUCGAGCACCUCUCCCUGGGGCUCGGCCUCCACGAGGGCGCCAUGGCGGAGGCGUUCGGCGGCGACGGCCUGGUGUUCCUGCACAAGGUCAACUUCUACCCGCCGUGCCCGCAGCCGGAGCUCACGCUCGGCGUCGCGCCGCACACCGACAUGAGCACGCUCACCAUCCUCGUGCCCAAUGAGGUGCAGGGCCUCCAGGUGUUCAAAAACGGCCACUGGUACGACGCCAAGUACGUGCCCGACGCGCUCAUCGUCCACAUUGGCGACCAGAUAGAGAUUUUCAGCAACGGGGUGUACAAGGCGGUGCUGCACCGUACGACGGUGAACAAGGAGAAGACGCGGAUGUCAUGGCCGGUGUUCGUGGAGCCGCCGGGGGAGCUCGUCGUCGGUCCGCACCCGAAGCUGGUCACGGACGAGAGACCGGCCAAGUACAAGGCGAAGAAGUACAAGGACUACCAGCACUGCAAGAUCAACAAGCUCCCCAUGUAACUCGGGCGCCGUUAUCGUGUGGACCCGUUUCUCAGUCAUUCUGGUGUUUUUUCUUUUUCGUUUUUUGAUAACAAACAGUCAUUCUGUGUUAGUGUGAUGUAAUAAGUCCCAUAACCGUGGUGGUUCCAGUGGCAUGCAAAUGGCCACCGAAUUGGCUCGUGGGCUCUCGUCUGUCGUUUAGUUUGGGCCACCAAUUGUGCGCUGGUUAUCUGCUCUAUUUGUGAGUUGUGACAAUGGCCCGGCCUGAUUAGAUAAUGAUAAAUAAUAAAUUUAAAAUAAUAGCCAUACGUGCCCGCCUGGUCUGGUUUGGGCCACCAA